CAUCCUGACAACAAACGUUGUCCCGCGCCCCGUGAACGUGACCGAGAGAAUAACAUUGUCUGGACGGAGCAGGAGCGAUCAAGGGCCAGUAAAGCAACGAUGCCGACAAGUAUCCACGAUCUUCUGACAGAGAUUGAAGCAAUGUAUGCCUCAGGCAAGAGAGUCACCGCAGAUUCAUAUGUUCGAGUGCCGGUCCAUCUCAUAGAGGACAACCUUACGAUUCGCGGUCAGGGUAACUCGCUCAUUGCCAGUAUCUGCACCUCCAUGCCCGAAGUGAUGCGAAGCAAUCUGGUCGAACGUCUCAUCACAUGCUUCGAAUCCGACCCGUUCGAGACGGUGGACGCCAAAUCCCGCGAUGUAAGGAGAACCUUUCAGGUCAUCCAUUUUGCUUGGUACAACAGGCAUUGUACUCAGGGCCAUGAUGCACCUCAAGACAUAGCGCCGUCCUUGAUGAGUCGGAAGGGUUGCUCUAGAACGAACCACGAACAAUUUAUCCCGUACACGUCGAAGCCUAUGGAAGAGCAUCGACGUAUCUACGAGGCUCUUCAAGACAUCUUGCCGAAUGAAUACGAACGUCUAGAAGCUACCGCAUCCAUUUUACCAGACAACAACGCGUCCGCCGUCCAUCCGUUUGUUGCUUUGGCAGUCAACCUCAACGUCGUCACUCGAGCACAUAGGGACGCCCAGGAUGACAGGGUAUGCCUUGUUCUGCCUAUUGGAGAUUUCAAUGGCGGGGAAUUGUGUAUCGUUGAAGCAGGUCUUGUAAUUCCCCUGCGUCACGCAGAUUUCAUCGUUUUUCCCUCUUGCGAGUUUACUCAUUUCAAUCUGCAUUACACGGGA